CCUUGUUCCGUUCCCUUCCUUUUCACGGAGCAAGCUCCGUGCGGUAACACCGCAGGAUGUUUUCCUCCAUCUUGCGAUGGGCGAACACCGUCACCUCGCGCAUUCCCUGGGUGAAGGGCUUGGGCCUGAACUAUAUUCUUCUCCACUAUAUCUACAUCAUUUUCAUGAUCCUCCUCACCUCCGUCAUUAUCUACCCCGGUGCCAGUCUCACCUACACCGAUGCUUUGUUCCUCUCCGCCAGUGCGUCUACCCAGAGCGGCCUCAACACGGUGGACCUCAACACCCUGUACACCUAUCAGCAAGUUUUCUUGUACAUGACAUCUAUGUUGACGACUCCCAUCUUCAUCAACACCGUUCUCGUCUUUAUCCGGCUUUACUGGUUUGAAAAACGUUUCCAACAUGUUGUCCGCGAUGCUCGAGCCCUCCGCUACACGCGCUCUCGACAACGCACUGUCACUGAAGACAAGAACGGGGCGAGCUAUGAUCGAGAGGAGGCUGGCGUCGGGAACCGGCCCAUCGUGGUACUGCGGAAUACCCUAGACCGGGUCCGUUCGCGAGGUCAUAGUAUCAAGUCACCAGAGGAGAAUACCUCGCCACCGGCGUCGCCAACCGCUCGACGCAAUGACGAGAGUAACACGGAGGAUCCAGAAGCAGCGCUGACUCGGAAGCUGGCGUUUGGCUUGGGAAAUGGAGUGGGCAGUCUGCGCGUGCCUGCACAACUAAGCCCCGAGCAUCAUAUCGCAUUCUUGGAGAACCAGCGGAGGAGCAAAGGAGCCCUGCGGAUUCCGAGUCCCCGGGAAUAUGAUCGGGGUGGUGUGCCGCAGGUGCUGGAAGAGGAGGAGGAUGCGGAACCGCCCGUCAAAACAACGGCGGAUGGGUCCGAUGAAGAGCGGAGUCCGAAUGACACCAGGGAUGGAUCCGAGAACGACGAGGAAGAGGGCAGGAGCAAGGAUGGGGACGAGGAGGAUGAUUCUCAGUCUCGUCGGAUGGAUGGUCCCCAUAUUACCAUCAACGAGCCUGAGAUGUUUCGGACGCGGACGAGGAAUGAGACUUUCCCUCGGAUGGACUCUCGCCCUACUUUCAAAGAGACGAAGGACGACCCUGACAACUCUCCGCUGGCUCGCUCAACGACCCGGCGGCCUACGUUCAACAGCGUCUUUCGAUCCCUCACCCAGGAGCGUGAGCGGCCCACGCAGCCUUAUUUGAGUUGGAAUGCCACUGUCGCCCGUAAUUCCAACUUCGUUGAUUUGACCGAGGAGCAGCGAGACGAGUUGGGCGGUAUCGAAUAUCGUGCGCUGAAGACCCUGGCGGUGGUCCUGAUCUCUUACUAUGUCUUGUUCCAUCUCUUGGGCGUGAUCUGUAUGGUGCCGUGGAUUAUGACUACCCACUGGGGGUCGGUGGUCGAGCAAAUCGGACAGGGCCGUCCUUGGUGGGCCAUUUUCGUGGCCCAGUCAGCCUUCAACGACGUCGGAUUCAACCUCACUCCAGACUCGAUGGCCUCGUUCCAAGGGGCCAUCUUUCCACUCCUGCUCCUGGGAUUCCUGGUUGUCAUCGGUAACACAGGGUUCCCGUGCAUGCUGCGGUUUAUUAUCUGGGUUUCUUCCAAGUUCACCCGUUCGGAGACACCUCUAUGGGAGGAGUUGCGCUUCCUUCUUGAUCACCCUCGUCGAUGCUUCACUCUCCUCUUUCCUCGCAAUGCUACAUGGUGGCUCUUUGCCAUCUUAGUGCUGCUGAAUGGAAUCGACCUGGUCUUUUUCAUUAUCCUUGAUCUGAACGACUCAACCGUCACAUCCUUGUCGCCGGGCCUUCGGGUUCUGGGCGGCUUGUUUCAGGCAAUCUGCACGCGAACUGCCGGGUUUACGGUAGUCUCCAUCUCAGACCUGCAUCCCGCGGUCCAGGUGUCCUACCUGAUCAUGAUGUAUAUAUCCGUGUUUCCCAUUGCCAUUUCCCUGCGACGCACCAAUGUCUACGAGGAGAAGAGUCUGGGUAUCUAUGGCAACGGCGAAGAGGAGGACGGGGACGACAACCAGACCGCGCCCAGCUACAUCGGCGCUCACUUGCGGAAGCAGUUGAGUUUCGAUCUGUGGUACGUGUUUUUGGGCCUGUUCAUUAUCACUAUCGUCGAAGGUGGGCGUCUUCAAGCCCAGGACGACUACUCGUUCCAGAUCUGGUCCGUGCUGUUCGAGGUCGUGUCCGCCUACGGCACCGUGGGCAUGUCCCUGGGCUACCCCGGGGUCAACGCCUCAUUCUCCGCGGAAUUCCACGUGCUCUCCAAGCUGGUGAUCAUCGCCAUGCAGAUCCGCGGCAGGCACCGAGGUCUGCCGUACGCUCUGGACCGCGCCAUCCUGCUCCCCUCGGAAUCGCUCAACCAGAACGAAAUCGCCGACGCAGAGCGCCGCAUGCGCCGCCGGGCUUCCAGUCUGAGCCAGAUGUCCAUCGACCGCGACCAGAAUCACACCCCGCCUCCGCCGGAACAGAGCGCCACGACGGGCCACGAUCCCCGGGAUCACUAUCCUCGGCACUCGAUGCAAGGCGACGGGAUCAUCCGCCGGCACUCGACUUUGCGCUCCCAGCGAUCCCAGCGUGUCUGAAUCUUGGAAACAAAAGAAAAGAAAGUUCUAAUCCCUUUAUUCCUUGCGAAUCUGUCUGGUGGUGUAUUACAAGCGUAUGUGGGAAGAUCGUCGGUUCUUUUUUUUUUUUUUUUU